CGGCCUAUCUGCGAUAUAGGCGUAAUUUCGAGUAAAUACGGUAAUUAAUAUUCAAUAAUCAGUUAACAUAGAAAUUCUGGGUGAGAUUGCCUACUGCAGUGGUUCGUCAAGCGCAGCCUAUUUUAAUACUCUUCCCCCUAUUUUCACAAAAAAUUGGUGAUAGAAAAAUCAAACUCGUUAUUAUUGGUGAAAAGUUCGAAAACUUUUAAACAUACAUUUGAUUUCAGGGCCAAAAGGAAAUGCAGGAAUGGUUGGACAUCCAGGUCCUGAAGGUGAAGUUUCGCAAGAAUAUUUGGCAAAUUUAGAAGCCAAAAUGCUGAAGUUUGUGACUCUCCCUUGGGUAGAAGUAAAUGAAAGAUUCUCAUAUUUUUCAAGCUCUUUUUCCAUGACUUGGGAGGAAGGGAAAACAUAUUGUGAAGAAAGGAAUGCUCAUCUGGCAUACAUGGGACCAAGAGACCCAGGCAUUUAUAAUUCUAUAAAGGGAAAUUUGAAGCUGAUCGCUCGUCAAAAUUUCUAUUGGAUCGGGCUAAAACAACAAGCAAAUGGGAACUACCAAUGGACUGAUGGGGUUGUGGCAGAUGGAAAUCCAUGGACUACUCAAGUAGAUUGCACCGGUGGAGGCGACUGUGUUGGAAUAAAUGCGGAAUGUAAUAAAUUUACAAAGGCAAGUUGCAGUAGGACUUUGAAAGUACUGUGUGAAAAAGACUUUGGACAAAAAUAACUUACUUUUGAACUUGAGAUAUGAGUUGCAAAAUUUCAUAUCAUAAACUAACAAAACUUAUGUGAUUAUUAUAAUAUUAUCCCUCUCUCUCCGUAUAUAUAUAUAUGACUGUUUAACUAUAAUAUGGCUUGGCAGUUCAGAUGGCACAUCUUGCUAAAUGUUUACAUCUCACUUCUGACGGCCUGCGUGGGUUCUCAGGUUCAAAUUUUGUACGGAUAAUUAUAUAAGGCAUAGAAAGUGUUAGAUUGUGUUGGCAUUGCAGGUUAAAAUCCCUGGUUCAAUUUCCCCACCUAACUCAGGGUGUAAAAAACUGGGUAACCCAUGCCAAACAGAGAAAAUUCUGGCCGUUUCAAAAAUAAUAGGGCAUGGCCUAUUUGGAGCAAAAGGUGUAUGAAUCCAGACCUGGGAAGCCACACCAGAGAUUUU